CCCCAAUCCACCUCCCGCACGACCACGACCCCAAUCCGACUCCACCUUCUUCCGUCGGUGCUCCACCUCCUUCCUCCACCCACGAACUCUCCCCUCCACCCACUCCCUCCACCUCUUUCCUUCAGCCAGGGCCGCGCCCAUCCCACCUAACCUCCUCCUUCCCCGCGCCUCCCUCCCCAUGGCUCCUUCCCCGCGCCUCCCUCCCCAUGGCUCCUUCCCCGCGCGGUCGCGCCGCACUUCCUCCCAGCACCGGAGCGCCCCCUGUCCUCAUCACCUUGACCCACCUCCUUCCACCGAGCUCGUUCCGGCCACCCCGCACCCAGCCAGCGAUGGAUCUGAGCACCCCCUGCCCAGCCGGCGACGGAUCUUGGCUCUUCCCCCACGAACCUCCUCCCAAUCUCGCGUCGUUCACCUGGCGCGGAGCUAGACUGCUCCUCCCAUGGUGUUCGGCGGAGGGCGGACGACGGCGAGCUGCACCUCCGUCGCGGCCAGCGGCGAGGGCCCCCGAGCGCUCCUCCUGGGGUUCCCGUCGUUCUGCCUCCACCCCGCGUGCAGUGCACAUCUACUGCACUGCUAUCCCGUGCAGUUCGGAUCCGGCCCUCCACCUCCAGACGCCCGUCGCACGUGCCACUCCCCGGCAUCCUAGCUUCCCCUUCUCUGCAGUUCGCAUGGGGGACAACUGCAGCUUGCCCUUUCCUUCAGAUUUUUUGAUGCACACUAAAUUUUUUGAUGCGGUCCCCUUGGGUGCUGCCUUCUCUCCUUUUUGCUCGCCCAUGCCGCUGGGCGAUUUGGCUUCCUCAUGCAGUUCAACGGGGCCACCAAUGGCCUUCCCGCGACGACCAUCUGGCGGCGGAUUGGCCAGCGGCGACAGCCACCACUCUACUCUCUCCCCCUUAUCCACAUGCGUUCAUUCACACAGCAGUCCGGCGGCUCCACUGGCGGCAUGUGCAAUUCACUCCAUGCGAGAUGAGCUUGGAGAUGCUCGCGAUGCCGUUCGGAGCUUGUGCGCAUGCACUACGGCGAGCGCCAUCUCUUCCCAUUGGUCGGUGGACCAUGGCCGUGCAGCUCGGAGAUGCUCCCCAUGCGGUUCCGGGCUUGUGUGCGUGCAGUCGGGAGAGCGCCAUCUCCAUCUCUUCCCCUGUGGUCCGUCGACCAUGGUUGUGCAGCUCGGAGACGCUCGUCGUGCGGUUCAGGGCUCAUGCUUGUGUAGUCCGGCGAGGGCCAUCUCUUCCCCUGUAGUCCGUCGACCAUGGCAUGCAGUUUGCGGACGCUCGCCAUGCAGAACAGGGCUCAUCCGCGUGCAAUCUGAUGAGCAUCCGUGCACAACAGCACCUCUACCACAACAUUCAGAAAGAGGAUCCCCCUAGCUUGGGAAUGGAUAGCUCUGGAAUCUACUCCUCACAAUCGUUAUAUGCUGCUCUCAACUUCUGUGUGUUAUGUUAUGCUUGUCUUUAUCCCGGCUGUUCCUCUUGCUGUAGCUGGUAGUAGCUCAUAAUAAAUUUUUGGAAAAAGUGUGACAACCUUGUAAAAGAAAACGUAUCUCUGACGCUUUGCGUUUGUUGUGCUCUAGACAAGAACGUUGCACACUUAUUAUGCAACUGUGAGAUUUCUAGAAUAAUCUAGGAUAAACUAUCUGAUAUGCUUCAAAGAAGAGUAGAAGGAAAAAUUGAACAAGGUUGCUGCUGAA